AUGAAGUUCACUAUCAUCACACUAUCUCUCAUCACUCUCGCCACUGCAGCUCCUGUAGCCGACCCGGGCGGUGAGAUCUCAUAUGGAGCUCUCCGCCACGACAAUGUCCCUUGCUCGGUCAGGGGCGCGUCGGCCGCGAACUGCCAUCCUGGUGCUGAAGCCAACCCCUAUAACCGGGGCUGCAGCGCCAUCGAAAAAUGCCGCGGUGAUGUCGGUAACAACACCAAGUUCCUUAUACGAAACAUCGUUUAA